CUUCGAUUUCCUUCACUCCUUUUUGUCUGCCUGAUUCUUCAUCAUCUCCAGGGACACUCCUGAGGGCUACCUACUUUCGUUGUUUGCCUCUCUUCAUCUUUGAAGGCUUUGCCAAGUGCCGGGUUCGACGUGACUCACCCCGUCGAAAAGGUUUCUCCUCCGUCUUUCCUUAUCAGGCAAUAAUCUCAAGGCCGGCUCUUUCCCACUCCGUCCUUCCGGUCAUCCUGAAUUCCCGGGCAUCAACUCUCCCUCAAAGCCGCGUCUCUCCUUCGAUUAUGGCUGCCGACCAGUUGCUCCAGUCCAUCGCUCAUUCCACUCCCGGUGAAGAGUGGUUUGACUUUGACAACUCCUUCGACAUCCCCUACGGGGGUGUGGGAAGCAAUCCCACCUCGGUGGAUUCUGUCUCCCCUAAGGAUUUGGAUCUAACUUUUGCCGACUUUGAUGAUUGCAAUUGGGGUCCGAGUCCUGGGGUCUGCACUCAGGAGCUAUUCGCUGAUCUGGUCAACUAUGAUGCGCCUAUGGAGGGCUUUGGAGGACAUGCAUUGGACGCCUCGCCAUCCAUGCUGGACCCCACCGGGUCCUUACACCAGAUGCCCGCAUCUCCGACUCCGGGGCUGAUGGGAUCGGAGCUGACUGACCUAUGGUCACAGGAUAUGGGCGGGGUUGACGACCCCUUCUACACUACUGUCCGACAGAUGGUGGAGUUCCAAGCUGCUGCUGAUCCAAGCGCCUUGUCUAGCAAAGAAAAGCGCAUGGAGGCAUCUAUUGCUCUUCACAUGCAACGCCUUCAGGAAGCAGCAAUGCAGGAUCUGGAACUGUCGUCGGACUCGAGCACAACAUUCCCAUCCCCUCGCUGGUCUGACUCUGCAGCUAGCGUUUAUCAGGGUGGGACAUGUACAACCCCAGCUACCACACCUCUGCCCGAUGUAACGCGCACACCAGUCUCGAGCUCUGAGUCUGCAGCUGGGGCUAUGGAACUGGUGCUUGAUCUUAACAUGAACACAACCACGAACGUACCAAAGAAGCAAAAGCCUCGUUCGCAAGCUCAGAAAGAAAACUACAUCAAAGUUCGAAAGCAUGGUGCUUGCGAGAAGCACAGGAAACAACACAAGCGGUGCAACUGUCUUGAGAAGGCCGCCUCCCAAAUUGCUGUCAGCCAAAAGGCUGUUUCUACUUGCAACAUACCAAUCAAGUCGACCUUCAGCACGCAACGACACGUUCACAGAUCUGAACGAGAAUCUCUUCUUGUGAGCACGACGCCGACACCAGCCAGUAAGUCAACUGUUUCACAGCCGACAGGAGGCUUGGGUUCAAAGGAGCUUCAAUACGUUCAACUUCGGCAUCGCCACCGUUUGCCAUCCACUCCUACGUCGAUGGAUCCUCAAUAUGGACAGCACUCGCCACACUCAGUCAAGUCAGCUGCAAGCUGUCGUGGCGAUGUAGACCUCAAUGGCGGUACAGGUCGUCCGACAACGCUCCGGGACAGCUCGGGACAACAGCAAUCACCAAGGUCACCUGGUUCCGACCGCAGGGUCGGCCUCGUCCACUCACUGUCGAAGAGACUGCAGAUCUGUUCGACAUCAGGUCAGGUAGAUCGGGGAGGACUGGCUCUUCGUCAUGCUCCGGACAGACAACAAGCAAACCAGGCUGUGACAGCCCGCAUGCAUGUGUCAGUCCAGGCAUCAAUUCCAUCCCGAUCCAGUACAGCUGCCGUCAGCGGCGUACUAUGCAGGCCUAGCCCCUCCUCGCGUGCUGCUGCCACAGCAAGCGUGCAAUCCAACCGCGGCACUGAGGCCAGUGCCAUAUUCGAGACACACGCCAGUUCCUGGCGCAUCAGAUCUUUGGUAUAUCCAUCGACACCCCACUCGUUGGCCGUACAAGCCAACGAUGUCCACGACCAAUUUGCGUCGCGGACAAUUGUGUCAAGGGUACUUCAAAGCGUCUUUCCGGUCUCUCACUUCUUGGAUUUAUCUGUAUGCUUCGCUUCUUGGUUGAGUACGUGCUUUGACAAAACCUGGAGCUUUUCCAGAUUUGGCAAGCUCGUCAUGAUAUCGACCAGACGGCAUUGGCUCACGGGGAAGGGAUUUCGAUGGGGUUGAUUGAGUUUUAAAACUUGCAUAAGCGUGUUUUCUCUGUUUUAUAUGUAUAUUUACCAGUCAUUUAGCGGUGUUAGUUCUGUCUUUGCUUGAUACCAUCGUCCAUGCUAGAGCAUGAGGUGAACAGUUAGGAAUGGUCAUUUCAUACAUUUCAUACAUUUUAUUCCAAUUGGUUUAACUUUCCUUCAUCUCAUAAUAAGCAAC